AUGCAUAUGUGUGAGUGUGGGUGUUUAUUGGCCUUUCCUUCUUUCUUUUCCCUUUUGUCACAUUAUGUCCUUUCCUUCUUGUAUUGUCAUGUAUGUGUGAGUGUGGGUGUUUAUUGGCCUUUCCUUCUUUCUUUUCCUUUGACAUUGUCACAUGCAUGUGUGUGUGGUGUGGGUGUUUAUUUUCUUUUUCCCUUCUUUCUUUGUGUAAUUUUGACAUUGUCACAUGCAUGUGUGAGUGUGGAGUGUUUAUUGGCCUUUCUUUCUUUCUUUUCCCUUGACAUUGUGUUUUAUUGGCCUUUCCUUCUUUCUUUUCCCUUUGACAUUGUCACAUGUAUAUGUGUGAGUGUGGGUGUUUAUUGGCCUUUCCUUCUUUCUUUUCCCUUUGACAUUGUCACAUGCAUAUAUGUGAGUGUGGGUGUUUAUUGGCCUUUCCUUCUUUCUUUUCCUUUGACAUUGUCACAUGCAUAUGUGGUGUGUGGGUGUUUAUUGGCCUUUCCUUCUUCUUUUCCCUUUGACAUUGUCACAUGCAUAUGUGUGAGUGUGGUGUUUAUUGGCCUUUCCUUCUUUCUUUUCCCUUUGACAUUGUCACAUGCAUAUGUGUGA